AUGGCGACCAACAAAGUGAAGCUUAUCGAAGCCGCAAUAAGUGUUAAACUUGAAAUGAUCAAAGAAUCAAUCAAUGGACAACAAAAAUUGAAGCCAACGUUCACGAAUCAAUUCACUCAACGAGGGGCAGGAUGUUCAGUCAAUAGAUUCAUCAACGUGGACAUCAUUUUUGGCUUAUACAAACCUCAUAAAGGAGGGUGUCGCUCAAUUAAAUUACCUUGUGAACUUGCCAAUAAAAAGUGUCUCAUUUCACCAGCAUCUGAUCCGAAUUGCUGCACUUUCGCUGUUCUUGCUUGUAUCCAUGCUCCAGCUCAUAAUCCCCGAAGAACAUCAUGUUAUUCAUGGUUCCAUCGACUUUAUGACUUUUUUGAUGUGCAAGGUAUUGUUCCCGUUACAGCUAUCAACAAGUUCUGUAGAAAGAACAAUGUGUCAGUGAAUGUUUAUAAAUACGAGGUAUCAACAAAAACAAUCUGGUCAAUCAAAGUUAUGGAUAAACCAAAUCCAAAACAUUGUAACCUUCUUCUACAUAACGAUCACUACUUUGCCAUUUCAAACUCAAAUCGUUUAGCUAGUAAUAAUGGUAGAGCUUAUCAUCAUUUUUGUCACCGCUGCAUAAACUCUUUCAAAGAUGAAGAACGAUUGAAAGCCCAGUCAAAAGAUUGUUUACUGCAUAAAGCUCAACAGAUCAUUCUUCCUGAAUCUAACUCACGGAAUUCAUACAUAACUAGAAAUGAUUAUCGAAAAGAAAGCCGUUUUCCAUAUGUGAUUUACGGUGAUUUUGAGACUCUAUCCGUUCAAGUUGACGGAUCACAACGUGUUCGCGCUGACUUGGUACCUGUUAGCUUCGCACUUGUAGCUGUUGACUGGAACUCAAAUAUAAUUGAAAAGAGACUAUCAUUCGGUCGAAAUCUUGGUCAAAAAUUUUUCACAGCGCUUGUUGAAAUAAAAGAAAAGUUGAAAAAACAUCGUGAAGAAAAUUUGAUGUCUGCACGCGAUGAACAUGAAUUCGAGAAUAUAGAGAACUGUCACAUUUGUGGUAAAAAGUUACAUAGUGACCGUGAUCAUUUCAUUGGUAGAUUUAGAGGUCCCGCUCAUCAGACUUGUAAUGUUGCAUACCAGGUUCCAUCCAAGAUUCCCGUCAUUUUUCAUAAUUUGAGAAACUUCGACGGACAUAUUAUCAUUAAUGCUUUACGAUCUGGAAUGUUUGAAAAGCCACCACGAUUGAUUCCACACACCAUGGAAAAAUACAUUGCAUUCAUUCUUGAUGACUUGGUUUUCCUUGAUAAUUACAGUUUUCUCACUUCAUCCCUUGACAAUCUCUUACGAAUGAUAACUAAAGAUAUUCAGACUAUUCUAAGUGGUACUACACCUUCUCUAUUUCUAUUAGUGGUUUAG